AUGAAAGACAAAGAGGAGUUCAUGCAAGGGGAACACACAGCAGGUAAUUCAAUAGGAACAAAUACGGGAGACGUUCCUAGGGUGGACGAAAUAGGAAAAGAAGAGAAAGGAUCGAUUCUUCGGGGUAAUCAUUCGAACGUAUACGGUGGGAUAAAUCGGAACGAAAAGGAUGCGACAAACCGCAAGUCAAACUCCAUAAACUCCGUCUAUUGGGUCCAUUGGAUUGAAAGAAAUAAAGGGGUGUUGGAAGAAUGCAAAGACCAACCUUGGUUUCAUAUGCUAAAAAGCGGAUGGAAACAACAACAGCAGCAGGAAUAUUCGCAGAUAGUCGAGCUCGACCAGAUCGAAGAAACAGAACAGGGUCAGGCCUAUCAUAGCGAAUUCCAUGAGAAUAAUGAUGUUCCAUUCCUAGAAAGGCAGAAAGACUCAUGGAGACAAUGGGUAGCAAAACAGUAUACACGUAUGCAAAUGGUGAGCGAACAAGAUUGGUUCAGGCAUUUGUUGAACAAUAUAGAAGAAGAGGAAGCAGAAGUAGUGGAAGAAGUGCUAGGAGUGGAACAACCACCACAAGAACAACAACGACCAAACGAAUUGCAGCAAUCAAACGAAUUAGAACCACACAAAUCAGAAACGGAAAAGGCGAAGGAAAAUAUAUCAUGGACAAAGGUAGAAGAAUUAGAGAAGGAACAUCUAUGUCGAGAAUUCGGUAAGAAAAAACAAUUCAUAGCAAAAUUAUGGAUGCUUAUCCUGGCAUUGGUGAUAGAAGAAUGCGAAAUGGAAGAUAACCUUCAUGACAAAGAAUUAUAUGUGGAUAGUUUAUUACAAAAACUUUGA